GUUUCGUGUUCGACUGUUGACAUUCAACAUGGCGGCAUGUCGUCAGUGCUGUGCUGUGUCGUGCUUGUGUACUUGUUAGAUUAGAAAACGUUCAACAACGAUCAAGGAUUAAAAAUAAGCCGAACACAAUCCGCACCCAGCACGCAUUGAAGACAUCUGAGGAUUUUGCCAACUUUUUUUCUCACUUAGGAUCUCCAUUAACAUAAGUGACUCCAGACUUCUUACUAGCAAUCAGUGUUUGUUGUAGGCGUUAUUGGAAUUAUUACAGCACUGCAUUAAUAACUGUUGAUUGAACUGAAACUGUAAGGAAACCGCAGUUGUGUUUUUUACGUUUUGUACAUUUCCCCAUGUAAAAGGCCUAUAGCAGGCUACAUGUUGUAUUAUAUCUACUAUAUUCAUAUAGGUAUACUUCACUCAAAGAAACGUUCUGUGAUACGUCAUUCUUAAGCCGAAGUUUAUAAGUACAGAGAUAAUCAAACUAAGAUAACUUGUCAAAGACUAUGUCCAAUAAUCCUCAGUGGAAAUCGUUCCAGCCGCCAAGCAUGAACUCUGACACUGCAAUACUGGACUUCAAAUCUCUGACGAUCCCCAACAAUUCCACCACGUCAUCAAGUUUUCACAGCUCCCCCAAUGGAACGAAUUUCAAUAGCAGUAGUAAUCAUUAUCAAGUUGCUUCAUCGGCUCCAAAGGACUCCCCUAAUAAUGCAUAUAGUAACAAGGCAACUUCUAGCAACCAUUACUCACCCAAUUACAGUUCAUACUCCACCUCAAAUAAUGCAAGAGGAGGUGGGAGGUUCCCAAUUGGCACAUUCACAGGAAAUGAAGGAUGUAGCAAUAUGUACAAUGGUGACAACAUAGCAUCUCCUUCAGUAAACACUACUGGUUCCUCAAAUAAUUCCAGUUACAACGAUUCUGCACUUGGUAAUCAAGGCACGCGCGAAACUGGCAUCAUUGAAAAGUUACUGCACUCUUAUGGAUUUAUCCAGUGCUGCGAACGUCAAGCUCGUCUGUUCUUCCACUUCAGUCAGUUCAAUGGUAAUAUAGAACAUCUGAAGAUUGGUGAUCCUGUUGAAUUUGAGAUGACAUAUGACCGUAGGACUGGCAAACCAAUAGCAAGUGCUGUAACAAAAAUAGCACCUGAAGUUGUGCUGAGCGAAGAGCGCGUCACAGGCACAGUAACAACAGAACUGCGCAGCGAAGGCUCAGGCGGUGAUACUCAAGGACGAAUCAGUUAUGAGAACCGUGGAGAGUGCUUCUUCCUGCCUUACAAUAAAGAUGAUGUGGAAGGCAAUGUUACCUUGUGUUCGGGAGACAAAGUCAGCUUCCAGAUAGCUACCAAUCAGCGCAGUGGUAACUUGGGGGCCUGCCACAUUCGGCUGGAAAACCCCGCACAUCCCGUUAAAUACCAAGGUGUGGUCUGCUCAAUGAAGGAAAGCUUUGGUUUCAUCGAACGAGCCGACGUAGUUAAGGAAAUCUUCUUCCACUUCUCAGAGGCAAAAAUGAAAGAGGAAUUGCGACUUAAUGAUGACGUUGAAUUCACUAUCCAGACCAGAAAUGGUAAGGAAGUAGCUUGCAACAUCACAAAGCUGGAUCCAGGCAGUGUGGUGUUUGAAGAUUUGAGUACAGACAUAGUGAAGGGACAAGUACUGAAACCAUUGGAGCGGGGGCAGCAACCGAGACAUCAGAGCGACCCCUUACCGGGACGUAUCCGCUAUCGUGCGCCCGAUCAUUCAGAAGUCGAGGUGCCGUUCGGAGACAAGGAUCAGAAAAGAGACUUCACUCUAAAGCACGGAGACUGGGUGCAGUUUCAAGUGGCAACCGAUCGCCGAGACCAGCUACGCCGAGCCACCAGCAUCGCUCUGCUUGAUGAAUCAUUCUUGGUGUCUGGAGAGCGCCGGGAACAAGGCAUUGUGGCAGCGCUUAAAGAGGGGUUUGGUUUUCUGCGCUGCACGGAUAGAGAUGCACGCCUCUUUUUUCACUUCAAUGAAGUUCUGGAUGUUGAGCGUGAAAUUUGUGUUGGUGAUGAAGUAGAAUUUACUGUUGUCCAGGAUCAGUCGUCAUUUUCCAGUAGUCGCCAGAGUGCGAUUCGUAUUAAACACUUGCCGCCAGGAACAGUUCAGUUUGAGACUAUUACUGAAAAAAAUGUGACUGGUGUUGUAGGCAAAGAAGCGCCUCUCGCACCCAAUGGUUGGGGAUCCUGCAGUUCCGCUAAGACUGGCAGCCAGUCUCCAGGAACUGGUGAAAAAUCUGCAGAAUCAGGUGUUAUCAAUUACCAAGUUAAUGGCACGAAGAAAACUAUUUUCUUUUACUCCAAAGAUUGUGAUCCAAAGAAUUUUCCCAGAAUUGGUGAUAAGGUGGAAUUCAACAUCUGUCAAGUGAAACGGAACAAGGAGCUGCUUGCGAUUGAUGUGCAGGUUGUCGGCAAGAAUCAGAAUCAGACAAAGAAUGGAUUAGGGCGGUCAAAUAGCCUGCCCCACUGUCAAGGUUUUAUCGCUGCCCUUAAGGAUGGUUUUGGCUUUAUCGAGACUAUCGAUCAUGACAGUGAAGUGUUCUUCCAUUUCAGCAACUUUGAGGGGGAGGCAACCAGUUUAGAGCUCGGCGUUGAAGUGGAAUACAAUCUGGGUACACGCGGUUCAUCAGGUACCUGCUUAUCAGCAGAGAAUGUGCGCGUUCUGCCAAAGGGAACUAUUGAGUUGCCUCUUCCAGCUGGAGAAGUCUUGGAAGGGAUUGUAAUAAGACCCUUGCGUAGCGUGAACCCCGACCAAACGCAGUAUGCAGGCCUCGUACAGGUUACCACUGCAGAUGGAGACGAGAAAGGAGCAGAAUAUGAAUUUGGUAUAACUGGGCUAGCAAACAAGCGGGAACUGUUACAAGCUGGUGACCCAGUUACUUUCCAGGUGGACUCUGACAACAGAGCUGCCAAUAUUAUGGCUGUUCGCAAGAAGAGAAGAGCUGUUGUUGAUGCAGUGAAAGGUUUAUAUGGGUUUCUGGCCUAUGAAGUAGAUGAAGGAAAAAAGUUAUUCUUUCACGUGUCUGAAGUGAAGGACGGUGUCAGUCUUCAACCUGGUGACCAGGUUGAGUUUGUCCUUGUUACAAACCAGCGUACUGGCAAGUCCUCUGCUUGCAAUGUCACCAAAGUCAGCGAUGCUCCGCGACAAGAGCGUCCUGAGCGACUGAUCAGCCGGUUACGAACAAUCUCCCUGGAAGAAGCAGGGCCCAAACUAAUGGUGGUUCGUCAACCAAAGGGCCCUGAUGGGACCAGAGGUUUUAAUGCAGAUGUACGUCAGCCGCACGCCCCAGGUUCUGUAGCCGAAUAAUGCGCUGCUCACUAACUGUCUCUGUUCUUGUUGAAUCUGUGCUCUUGUAGCAAGUUCUUUUUUAGAAAAUAUAUAAUUAUCAUAUUCGUUGAUUCGAGUGGGAUAUCCUGCCUCCAUAGUCUUAAUACUCUUUAUUUCUUGCUUUAUGAAGGUUGACUGUAAACCCCGUCCUCAAAAUACUGACAUAUGAAGAGGAUUUGUCUUGAAUGUUGUGAACUGAAUUGUUUUAUGCAGUUGUAGUUUCCUAAUGGCUGACCUGUUGCUUUGCAGUGCACAGUGAUGGUACAACCUGUAUUUCUAAUAUGAGUGGUUUAAUUUUCUCUUCUGAUAAAUGCUUUUGGCUUCAGCCCAUUUCAGUUUAGAGCCUGUCUCAUAAAGUAAUAAUGAGACUAAUAUAAAAACAUAAGAAACAGUCUUAAAUAUAACUGUAGCAUAAUGCAGUUUCAGUGUUAACAUAAUUACUCAUAUAUUCCUUUGAUGAUUGAAACAACUCUGAGAAAUACAUAAUCUUUAAUAAUAAAACAAGGAAUUGAAUAUUGAUUGGGUGUAUAAUGGCAACAUACUAAGUGAAAGUUACAAGACUACCGUCAGAUGUGAAGAAUUGGGGUUGAUCACAUCUAGAAUAGGACCUAUGGCUUCAUAAGGUGUAUUCAGUCCCACAAUCCAGGUACAAAAUGGGGAACAUUCUUAUGCUCCAUUGUAUAACGUGGUUUUCAUCGUGCUUUGACGCAGCCUAUUUCAUGUAUGAAGGCGUUCAAAACCUAAAUGCACGAGUGUUUUAUGCUACACUGUGCAUCAGUUCUUGGGAAGUCUGAACGAGGUGUCCUUUGUUCCUCAAGAAGAGUAGAGAAGCUUGAUGGUAUUGAAACCACCAGUGGUUGUCGGUACCCACAACAACCUGUAUCAAAUAUACAAUAAAAGGUUUUACAUAAGAGCUAUGUUAGAGUGAAGCAUUUCCUGCCUAAUAUCUCAAUGAAUGUAUUUUUACCAAAUAAACUAUGAUGUGUCAUGUACUAGACGUGUGUAUGUGUGUAUAUACACACACACACAUACAUACAUACAGUGGGUUUGGU